AAUUUUAAACAAAUUACAAUUCCAGAUAAAUGGAAAAUGGUAUACGGUGAAAGGGGGAGAAAAAGGCGAACUCUAGUUUGAUGAUAAAUGAUGGUGGUUUGGGGGGAGGGGAUAAGUUGAAGUGUUUGGGUUACGGGCGGCAGAGGCAGCGGCAUGUGCGAGUGUAUCGUCACGUCUCGCUCGAUGCUCCUUGGAUUGGGACUGAGUUAUAUUAAUUAUAAUUAUAAUAAUAAUAAUAUAUCACUACUACUACCUCGGAGAAUUCGUAUUCGGUCUAUGUAUCAGCGCUCAUCAAUUACAUCCAACCCCAAUAAAUUAUAUUAUACCAAAGCAUCUGCGUCUGAUGAUAUUCAACAACAAGAACCAGAAAGAGAAAGAGAUGAUGAUGAUGAUGAUGAUGUUGAAGAACAAGAACAAAAAAGAGAUGCUGCUGCUGCUGCUUCUUCGAGACCCAACUUUCUUCAGUUUGAUGAUAACGUGAUUAAUGGAACAAAAUCUCCUCGUACUGAUGGCUUGAAUUUCGGCAGCAAGAACUUGAAUUCGGAUGCUGAUGUUCCUCUAGUGAGACCAAGAAUUAGUAGAAAAAGGCAGACUAUGAAUAGAUCCAGCAUAGUGGCAAAACAAGUAAUCACCAUCCGUUCUGCCAUCACCAUGGGCUUUGUUUCUCAGCUUUGGCUCGACCCGUCUUCUUGGCUCGUACUGGUCGCAGAGCUCAGACCAAGCUUGCUCUCUGGCCAUACUGAACGAUUUUUGAUGCACGAUAUUUGUCAGGUUGGUGAUGUUGUACUUGUCCAAGAUGAGAGCGUGACUGAAAAUGAAAUCAAUAUGGCUGGACUGGAAACAUUGAUAGGGUAUGAUGUUGUCACUCCUGGAAGACAAAAUAUCGGAAAGGUGCGAGGAUACAAUUUCAAUGUUAACUCAGGGGCUGUAGUAUCACUGGAGCUUGAUUCAUUUGGAUUAUCCAUCAUUCCAUCAAGUUUUGUGAGCACCUAUGCAUUGUUUGUUGAAGAUGUGCUUGAAGUCGUAUCAGACACAGUUGUAGUCCAUGAAGCUGCUGCCUCUCGUAUACAGAGGCUUACAAAGGGGUUUUGGGAUGCUCAGAAGGCGAUGAAGUCUAUGGAUGAGUUUGGUGGGUUUCCUGAUCUAGAAAAUUCAGUCCAUCUUGAGUACAAUCCGCGAAGACCACGGAGCUCCCCUGCUGAAAAGCUGCAGUCAGAAGUCGGAGAGAUGGAGGAUAAUUGGGAACUACCAAUGGACUAUUUGUAGUGCAGGAUUAUACUUCCUGUGGUUUAUACAUUUGAAACUGGAACGAGCUGAAACAAGUUUAAUGUGUAUCUGUUUGCAAUAUCAGCACCACUAUUUCUUGUCUUGUA